ACAUGCUACUGAGACCGAAGUACAACAAGAAAGAGGCGUGCGGAAAGCAAAAGCAAUACGAGAGCACGCCUACGGUAGAGUUUUGCAAGUGAGGUUGCAUCCUGUGGGGUUGCAUCAUGAUCAUCAUUAUCACCAUGAUCAUCUGAAAGUGCAGAGAGAGCGUUGCCACUCCGGGACGAAUCAUACCAGGUAUGAACGAGAUCCAGUCGACUGGAGCUAUGUACCUAGGAGGUAGUACUGUAGGAGGUACCUUGUGGCUGUGCUUGCGACAGAAGGACCAGGUGCGGGCGCAUAUCACUCAAAGGAAGAAAGCAAGGACCGGACACGAAAGUACGAGACCGGACGGGACGAGGCAGGUGCCUUUCUGUAUCCUCCUCGGCGACCGGUCGUGCCCGCCAGCAGGAUAAGGCUCACGGGCACCCGACGAACUGGAUUGAGAUGCAGGAUGUCAUGUAUGUACAUGCUUGCAUGUAUACCUUAUGUAGGAGGUAGGUAGGAGGUAAGUUAGGUCGGGUAUCUACUUUAGGUACCUUAUAUAUGCAGCCUGCCGCGGUGCCAGGACGAACUGCCUCCUCCUCAUCCUCCUCUUCUUCCUCCUCCUCCUCCUCCUCUCCCCACAUAAGCUCGCAUUGCCAAGACAAUGAAGCUUCCCUCAAGCACUCUCGCCCUUCUUGGUAUUGCUGGGCUCGCCUCGGCGGUCCGCCCCGAAGAGGUGUUCCGCCGAGCAGAAAAGUACCGGCCGGUGGUGGAGAAGAGGAUUCCCGGGCAGCCCUUCCGCAGCUCACGCCUCCAAGAGCGCGCUUUCAACUUCCGCAACAAUGCGACGGAGAAGUUCGUGGUCAACGGUACGGGCAUCCCCGAUGUCCCCUUUGACAUUGGCGAGUCGUACGCCGGCUUGCUCCCCAUUUCCGAUGCCCCCAACGAGACUCGCGAGCUAUUCUUCUGGUUCUUCCCCACCACCAAUCCCGCCCCGACAGACGAGAUCGUCAUCUGGCUGAAUGGAGGUCCCGGUUGUUCCUCAUUGUCCGGUCUGCUCACCGAAAACGGCCCCUUCACGUGGGAAUCCGGCACUCUGGCACCCGUCCUGAACCCUUAUACCUGGGUCAACUUGACCAAUAUGCUGUGGGUCGAGCAGCCCGUCGGAGUUGGUUACACUCAGGGACUUCCCAACAUCGUCGACGAGGUUGGUCUCGGUAAGGAGUUUGUGGGUUUCUACCAACAGUUCGUCAAGGCUUUUGGCAUUCAAGGAUGGGACUUGUUCUUAACCGGUGAGAGUUAUGCCGGCUUCUACGUGCCCUACAUUGCAGACGCCUUCAUCACUGCCGCCGAUCCGGACAUCCACCUGAAGGGUAUCUCCAUCAACAAUCCCCUCAUUGGUGCUGUCCCGACUCAGCAGGUCACCAUUGGCCCAUAUCUUCGCUACUGGCAAAAGAGUCUGUUUUUGAAUGAUAGCUUCAUCGAACGCUUCGAGGCGAGAGACCGGGAGUGCAACUACUCGCAAUACCUGGACACGUACCUCCAGUUUCCACCACCUACCGGACCCUUCCCAGUCCUCCCAAACCCAUACGACACCGACAACGCCACUUGUGACCAGCUCGACAAUGCUUUCGAUGCCAUCGUGGAAGUCAAUCCCUGCUUCAACAUUUACCACAUCUCCGAGACCUGCCCGCACCUGUACUCUGUGCUUGGAAAGGUAAACGAGCACGACUACGUGCCCCCGGGUGCCCAGAUCUAUUUCAACCGCACCGAUGUCAAAGCUGCCAUCCAUGCUCCACUCGACGUAAAUUGGAUACAAUGCGGGGACGGUGUGUUCCGCAACUCCACCAGCGAGACCGAGGACGCUUCUCUCGCACCUACCCAGAAUGGCGUCCUCGCCCGCGUCAUCGAAUACACCAACAACACCAUCAUCGGCUCCGGCGAACUCGACAUGCUGUUGACGACCAACGGAACGUUACUCGCCGUCCAAAAUAUGACCUUCAACGGCGCCCAAGGACUCUCCAGCCGCCCAGAAACACCCUUUUACGUCCCUUACCAUCCCGAGUUCAACAAAGGCGCUCUCGCUGGUGCUGGUUAUCUGGGCUCGUGGGUCCAUGAGAGAGGUUUGACCUUUUACACGGUCCGAUUGGCCGGACAUGAAUUGCCCGGUUUCGCACCUGGCGCCGCCUAUCGUAUGUUGGAGCUUCUCCUCGGACGCAUCAAGGAUCUCAGCCAGAUUGGUGAUUUCACGACGCAGACGGGAAACUUUACGGGGACGAGUCCGCUGUUGCGUAGACGUUGAUGAUGGAUAUCGAUUUGGGAUAUGGAUGGAGGGUGCAUCAAAUUCUGUACACAGACAGGCAUGAUGAAUUGACGAAUGCAUGAUUGAUGAAGGUUUUAAUAACAACAACAACAAGGGUCCAUAUAGCAACAUGGGCCUCUAUCAGUUUAGAAGCAGGAUCCGUAGGUAUCCGCAUAAUCCUACAAGCA